AUGACAUCCGCUGAUUGUGCGGAGUGUCAAACUGUGAAUAUGCUUCCUUGGGUUGAAAAGUAUCGUCCUAAGACGAUAUCAGAAGUUUCACACCAAAUAAAUCCAGUUUCUGCACUUAACCAAAUUGUCAAAACGCUCAAUAUGCCGCAUCUAAUUUUUUAUGGACCUCCCGGAACUGGUAAAACAUCGGCAGCCCUAGCACUGGCUAGACAAUUGUUUGGAAAGGAUGGACUUAAGGAAAGAAUUCUCGAACUAAAUGCUUCGGAUGAUAGGGGCAUUGACGUGGUGAGGGAGAAAAUUAAGACCUAUGCUAGAUUAAAUAUAUCAAAAAAUCGAAUAAAUCCAGAAACUGGAAAACCAAUGCCUCCAUGGAAGAUUGUGAUAUUGGACGAGGCAGAUAUGAUGACAUCAGAUGCUCAAGCGGCACUACGCCGCGCAAUAGAGAAUUAUUCGACUAUUACCAGAUUCAUAUUUAUUUGCAAUUAUAUAUACAAAAUAAUUGAUCCUUUAUGUUCACGCUGUUCUUUGCAACGGUUUCAACCAAUAGCCAAACAGGCGCAGAUCAGCAGAUUGGUGUUCAUUUGUGAGCAGGAAAAGAUUAGUAGCUUUACGAAUGAAGCGAUGGAAGCGCUGGUACGCGUUUCACAGGGAGAUUUAAGGAGGAGUAUUACAUUGUUGCAGACCAUUGGUUCUUUAUACAAAAAUAUAACAGAAGACAUAGUUUACGACAUCGCAGGUAUUCCACCUAGAGUAGUAGUAAUCGACCUUUUAAAAUCUUGCAAAGGUACAAUGGAUGAUGUAGAUACUGCCGUAAAGAUUAUAAUUGACCAGGGUUGGGAUGUUUCCGAUAUAAUGUCACAAAUAUGUGAUAUUGUGGCUAAUGAUGUAGAGCUUGAUGAUAUAUCAAAGGCUAGAAUAUCACUAGAGUUAUCUAAUCGCGAUUUUGCACUGUUUCAAGGCGCUUCCCAAUAUUUUCAAUUACUUUCAUUGUGUCAUCACAUACGAGAGAUUGUUAUGAAGUAA